AUGACAUCAUUGGAUAAUGAUAAUAAAUCCAAAAAUGGAUUACUCGUGGAUAAACAUUCUAAGACAGAGUCGUACAAGUCUGAUGAUGAGAACACAUCAUUGUCUCAAUCGUCUCCUAGCUGUCCACCUGAGCAAAUAUCUACAAAUUUUGUUACUAAUCUAUGUAUUGUCUGUUCAAAAAAUCGUCGAGCACUUGCAUUUGUACCAUGUGGUCAUUUCGCUGUUUGUGUACCAUGUGGACAUGGUUUAAAGUCGUGUCCAACAUGUGGAUCAAACAUUAAAGGGUUGUUACGAAUUUAUGACUAA